AGCUAUCUGUGCUUCAAGUGGACGGGGUGGUGCCCUGGCCUGCUCAGCGAAAGAGGCCGACGGCCCGUCGGCCGUGUCCACCACCUGCCGGCCCCGCCGCCUGCGGCGAGGACGAUGGCGGACAAGCUCAACGACAGCGCCUUCCAGAAGCUGCUGGAGUGCGCAGCUCCCCGUUCGCCAUCCUCGCGAACGGCCGCGCUCGUCGCAUGGGCAACCCGCUGCCCUUCAUGGCCCAGCAGGUGGCGCGCGCGGAUGUGGGCUGGGCUUGGCGCAUGGACGGACUGGGGCGGCCACGACCCGGCCACGCCGGUGGCGGAGAUGCACAUCAACUACCACAACACCGGCUGGGCUAUCAUGAUCUUCGUCUGCACCACGACCUUCUAUCUCCUCUUCAAGCGCUGAGAGGGCCAACCGCCGCGGCGGGCGGCGGCCAGCUUCCAGGGAGGCAGUCAGGGGGUGCAGGCCCGCAGGGGCGCGGCGGUAUGCAAUGGAAUCCUCACACCUAUUUCGAGGAGCCCCCGUCGUGUGCAUGCACUGCUUCUCCGACCUGGCAUGUGUGGCUGGACAGACGGGCUCCGCAGUAUGCGGCUAUGAAGUUCGUUGCGCGCAUUAAUCACCAUCUGACCAUCUCCCCGGCAUACCCAGUCUCUUUUUGAUGAGUUCCUAUCAUCGUUCCUUCUGCCAAUAUUUGUAUGAUAACCUCCGCCCUCAGAGUAAGAUUUGCUUUGCAAGCGCCGUAUUUCGGUGUGAAGGGACGCGGCUGAGUGUAGUCGGUAACGUCGCCCUGUUCGUUCGCGCG